AUGUCGAGCGACAUGUUGAAGGGGCUGAAGAAUGCUAUAGCUAAUGAAGGCGUCUUAACGAUUGAUAUCUUUUGAUGAAUUCGUAACGACAAAAAAAAAAAAAAAAAAGAGUAUGGCUAGGAAAAUGGCAUGAUGCAUUGGAGGGUGAGGAAUAUGUAAUCUGCUGUGUGAUACAGAUUGUCGAAUGAAUAUUGGAAAUCCUACUUCAAGAAUUGAAAUGUGGCCCAAAUAUAAUAAAAAAAAAAAAUGAUCAUUGUUUGUUAAAAUAGAGAAACUAUUGAUGAAUGAAUAUCCCUCCAACAAACAAUUGAGCCAUAAUCAAAACACAAUUUUAGUACAAAAUAAUCUACCACAAACUUUUUUCGAUAUCGCCUCUAAUACGGUCCAAAUAAAACGACAUGCUUGUUUUUCACUCAGUCGUCCUCUUUAGAAUUUUCCCACAUUUGAGUUAAUCAACCCGGAGAUAAGAGAAGGGAGGCAGGCCCUAGGCCCAAUUAAGGGGCAGCCCAAUAGUACGUACGUACACACACACAUUAUUCAUGCUGUGGAUCUGCUUCUUUUUUCCAGAACCUUUGCUGCACAUUCUGGAGAUCUGCUAAUUUAUACUGUUAAUUUAGUUCCAGCUUCGCGCACAAUUUGAGCACGUUACGGGGUGUGUUUUCUUGCCUGAUUUCUUCCACUCAACCGCAAUUUUGGUCUGUAAGAAAUGGGCGAAAGAUCGUUGGGAAUCAGAUACGUUAGGUUUGACCAACUCCUCAAUUCUAUAGCUUUACUGCAUGUUCAUCUCAAGCUUCAAUCUUCAUUCCUCAGUACAUCUGCUACUAGUUUAAAUCAUCGGACUAGUAACCAGUUCCAGUUGGUAAGUACUAAAUGAAUAAUUCAGAAACCGUAAUUUAAACAACUCGAGAUCAAGAUUUUGUAAAAAACUUUACCAUGAAUAUAUAAAAGCCUGUUUUGAUUAAAUAUAUAUAGAAGACAGUGAGUGGUGCAGUUUACAUGUCAUUCCGGGCCAGACUUAGUGAGCCAAACUUAUUGGGCCUCUAUAACCCCUCCGCUUAUUGCCCCAAAGUAGUCCACCAGCCCACAGGCCCAUUCUAUUUCUCACAGUCUUCCGCGGUUCCAGUUCAUGGCUUCUCCUUCCAAUUCAAGUUUUGCAAAACCCUAAUCUCCCAAGCCAGCACCCCCGGCCAUCGAAUCCCGAAUCCCUUCCGGCGGCUUCACCGUCUCCGUCGCUCAGAGCUUUCCCCGUGAAUCACCAGUCUGUUUCCUCGCAUCAGGUAAACCAAAUUUCUUCUCCUUCUAAUUAUUUGCUUCCAACCGUUACUGGUAGUUGCUUGAUUCAAGCAGUAAUAGGACUCUUAGAGGUUAGCUUUAGUCUUGUAGAGAAUGAAUGGUUUCGAGUUGUUGGUGGAAUUGGUUAUGCCGUUGAACGAAUAACCGGGUAUAAUUUAGUUGGUUACUGUAGCUCAGUUCGUUUUUCACCUGCUGAUUGCCCUGAUGUUUUCUGCUCUGACGAAUGUCAGGCAAGAAGCAAUGCCGGAAAGUGAGGCAAACCCAACUUUCAGCAAGUCGACUGGACUCCCUAGGAAGCGAUUCUACCGAGCAAGAGCUCACAGCAACCCGUUAAGCGAUUCGCAUUUCCCUGUCCCGGUCUCUCCUCGUCAUGUCGACUACACUGCUCACUUCCCAGAACUCUUCCCUUCAUACGAUCAAGUCGACGGUAAUUCCCAAAGGAUUCAGUUUGCAGAUGUCGGUUGUGGGUUUGGAGGGUUGCUGAUCAGCCUGGCCACCCUUUUCCCUGAAACUUUGAUGGUGGGGAUGGAACUCAGAGACAAGGUGACAGAGUAUGUGAAAGAACGAAUCUUGGCGUUGAGGGUAACGAACCCUGGACAGUACCGAAACGUUUCAGUCGUUCGGACGAAUUCCAUGAAGUACAUCCCUAAUUACUUUGAGAAAGGACAGCUGUCCAAGAUGUUCUUCCUCUUCCCGGAUCCUCACUUCAAGGAGAAGAAUCACCGAAGGCGAGUGAUCAGCCCACAUCUCUUGGAUGAGUAUGCGUAUGUUCUCCAGGUCGGUGGGAUCAUAUACACCAUCACUGACGUGGAAGAGCUCGGGGAGUGGAUGAAGGCUUGUCUGGAGCAGCACCCCAUGUUUGAGCCCCUGACAGAUCAAGAACUUGAAGCCGAUCCCGUCAUUAAGCUGUUGAGUACUGCAACGGAGGAAGGACAGAAAGUUGCUAGGAAUGGAGGCCAGACGUUCACGGCAGUGUAUAGACGGAUUGCAGGUUCUAGCAGUUGACCGUUUUGAGCGUAAGCUGCUCUAAAAUUCAAACUAGUUGGAUCGAUAACUUUCAUGUUUAGUUAUUAGAUAGCAUUGGGGCUGGUUUUCCCUUGCAUAUGGUGCAGUUUGCAUCUGCUUAUGAACAUUGAUAUGCCUAUCAGUUUUGUGAAGCUUAACACUAUGUAUCCUCUUAAUAACCUGGCAGAAGAAUUCUUUCAGUUUAUGGGUGGCAUUUUCUUUGAUCUUUUUUGGGGAAAGAUAGAUGAAGAUAAGUAGAACUGUAUGAAGCUGUAGUUCAAUUCCGACCACUUUCACAUCAUUGUACUUUCUCAAGGACACAUACACAUGUUACUCAGAUAACAAAGAAACAAACAAAUACUGGUUCCUAAAGACAGAAACCAUUUCUUGCCAUUGCAACUCCCUAUUGUUUGGUUAAAACGUAUGUAUCUUAGCCAGAAACAACUCAAAGAUCCAACCCCCGCUGUAGUACAACGACAACCAAUCUGACAUUCACAUUAGGUAUGAAGGGCCUUUCGUCGGAAAGCUGAGUUAAUCUAAGCCAAUUCAGCUAUUGUGCUCACAACACGAUCUUUCAGAACAUGUUCAAAGAGGUUAUGAGUUGGUGAUCAGGUGAUUGGGCAUCAUAUGAUAAGUAAAAUGUCACUGCGUCC